GUCCUCCCAAUUUUCCAUGUUGAAGGGGCUGCAAUUCAGCAGGUUUUGGCUUAGGGUUAUUGAUCAAAAUGGCAUCGGUCUCUGGUCAGCAACAGUUCCGGUACACCCAGCCACCAUCGAAGGUGCUUCAUUUGAGAAACUUGCCAUGGGAAUGCACCGAGGAGGAACUGAUUGAACUUGGGAAGCCAUUUGGAAAGGUUGUGAACACGAAAUGCAAUGUUGGGUCAAAUCGAAAUCAAGCUUUUAUUGAAUUUACAGAUUUGAAUCAAGCCAUUGCAAUGAUAUCAUACUAUGCCUCAUCUUCGGAGCCCGCACAAGUGCGAGGGAAAACUGUUUAUCUGCAAUAUUCAAAUAGGCAAGAAAUAGUGCAUAAGAAAAUUGCUGCAGAUGUUGCUGGAAAUGUUUUGUUGGUAACAAUUGAGGGUGAAGAUGCACGCCUUGUCAGCAUUGACGUCUUGCAUUUGGUAUUUUCAGCCUUUGGUUUUGUGCAUAAGAUUACUACUUUUGAGAAGACAACAGGAAUUAGCAGCAAACCAUGACAUUUAUGGCAUCCUAAG